AGGCAUACUGGCCCAGAACCCAGAUAGUGUGUGCGACGGGCAUAGGAAGCGAGUGAUCGCCACGUUGCGUACAUAAUCACUGUCUUUACCCGCGUGUAUGCUUGGUCUCGUUUCCACUUUCCUUUCUAUUUGAGUAGUCAGGAGCGCCGCCUGUUCUUGUCCAUACAGCAGGAAAGUUCGUUUUGCAGAGCGAUGUGCAACUAAAAUACCAGUAGAUAAAAUAAUUCCUAACGUGUAGCAGUAAUAGAAGCGGAGUACCACAUGGGAUCUUGCUCUUCUGAUUGUGAAGUGAGAUGCUAACCAUCUCUCCUCCCGUUCUCUGUCACUAGAAAUCUGACGGUCGCGCUAGGGACGGUCAGUUUCGAUCACAGACCACCAAGAGCCGAGAUCUAGGAGAAGGUUAGCUUUGUGCCGGCCGUAACUAGCGGCGCACUAGACUUGUUGCUUACUAGUAUUAGUAGUGUUCGGUACACGGUACAGGCAUUAACGCCGCGUCCCAUCCGGCGAAGUCAGUUCUCAUAGGAAGCGAGUGCUGUCGAUCGCACGUCCACUCGGAUAUUCCUACUUGAACGAAGUAACGAACAAGCAUUUGGUGGUGAAUAUGGCAAACCACUUUGGGAACUCGAGCCUGUUCAAAAUAUCUGAAAACCCGGCGUCGAACCCCUCAUCUCCCUUCAGCAGUCCAGGGCGGAGACAGAUACGGAGUGCCACUGUGCCAGAUGCGAGAAAGAUGCGCCAACUCUCUCAAGCACCGGAUCCAGUGCUGACUCGACCCAAGGAGAGCGUCAACAUGCUAAGCAAAACAGGCGACAGUGUCUUCAACACAGCUGUCCGCGCAGGCGUAGCAGAAGAACCGGGGCCGGUGGAGGAGAUGAAAAACCUCUCCGUAACUCAUUCACCUCGACUCCCCAUUGGAACGUCAACAACCCUGGAGGAUGGCAAGGCCAGUAGUCCCAAACUGCCAAAGAAGCCGCCCUUAUUAAAGAAAGCAUUCUCUUGUGAUGUCCUGGUGGGUGGUGGCAGCAGUAGCCUGCAGCGGCGACGUAGUGCUCGUAGCAAGGGUGCAAUGAAGGUACUGUCAGUCACUAUGGAAGAGCAGAAGCCUGUGAGAGCCACGGUCACUGUUCGGCCAAGCUACGAGCGAGAGGAUGAAACUACCAAGAUGACCGGAUCACACAUCACGAAUGGCCUUUAUGUCGGGCCUGAAACUGCGGCCUACAACAAAGAGUGGCUCCAGUCUGAGGGUAUCACCCGCAUUUUGUCCUUUGUUGAGCAAAGCGCUUCGGAUAGAAAGCCAGCAGUUGGCCAGCCAUCGGAUUACCUCCACCUGCCAUGUCAAGACAAACCAAAGGAAGACAUUUCUCGGCUGUUCGACAAAGCCCAUGAAUUUAUUGAUCUUGCCUUGAAGACCAAUCAGCGUAUCCUCAUCCACUGCCAAGCUGGAAUAUCCCGUUCUGGAACUGUAGCCAUCAGCUACCUCAUGAAGCGGUAUUUCCUGACGCUCAAAGAGGCGUACGCUUUCGCUAAGAACCGCCGUCUGAAAAUCCAGCCGAACCGAGGCUUCUUCGAGCAAUUGCAGAACUAUGAGAAUACGCUGUACGGUGCGGUUUCCAUGACCAAGGAAGAGCUCUCCUCGGGUUUGUUCUGGUGCGAAGCAGACGCGACUGAUGUCGGUGAUAUCGCAGAGCGCUGGACCCUACCCAGUGACAACUAAACAGGUACAAGCCACCAGCCGGAUUCAAACAGUGUAGCCCACGAUUGGCAAAGGUUGGUAAAGCCAGAUCUGCGCCAGACUAAGCAAUGACACGGAAAUAUACUUCUACACGUAACUUAGUUUUCCCAGCACCAAUGUAGAGGAUGCAAUACAUACUCCGUAUCCACACCUAGUUCUCCGGCACUGAUCUAGAGGAUGCAAUCGAAUGCCUGGGAUAGGUAGAAAGAAGCUAAUGGCAACUCAGUUGUAUCACUAGUGCCCGGUCAUAGCAGCCAUGAUUCGCCAAAGCUGAUCAAUACUAGUAUGCUGAGAUUUUUUACUGUUUUGUUUCUUUUUUAUUAACUGAGCCCCCCCCCCCCUAAACUUGGGUCUAUUAUUUACGACUCGCUGCAUUGAGCCGUGCUUGGUACAUUCUCAGCUUCCUGGCAUGGCUGAACACGCCAUCUACACGUACGGACUAUUUAUUACGCGUCGAGAGUCCCAAGAACCGGCACACUCCGAUGUAGCUGUGUACACAUCACUCGGUCACCGCACUCGUACAACACCCUCGUACAAUACCAUGGUGUCGCUGCUGCGAACUACGAGCUUGUACCUGUCAAUCCGCAUCCCCCACCAAGCAGCUACAAGCAUUGCCCAUGAUCACUGUCAACAAAGAACAACUCGAUUGUUCACAAUGAUCCAGGAUGGACCAUGGCUGAACACGUGGCGAAGAAGGGUGAAUGGAAGGCUGUUCGCAGCAAAGAGAUCAUGCGUGUGGUACAAGUGAGGUGACGGAGUGAUGAUGCGUAGACAAUUUUGAAAUAAAUCUCACGAGCAUUGAUUCAAAGCCAAAGGCGGUGUCUUCGACGAGCCACGUCAGAAUUGCAUCUCGACAAGCCGCACGCGCCGUGUGUUGUGCACACUCAACACACGCUCAGUACGCACUCAAUUCACAGACUGAACACACACACAGCCAUGGCAAUUUAUUUCAAUGCAGCUGAAUCAUGGUAUACUGAACUACAUGUACCUCAAUCUCUCCCUAUGUCAAGAAAAUACUCCAGCCGCAGCAAUGUAUUAGUAUACGAAGGGCCUACAUUAUCAAUGUACAUUCUUUGUUUUGUAACAUGGCUUCAAUACUGGUGUAAUUAUGUUGACGCCUCAUGCAAACUUCCAGUCAACUAACGUUACUUGCCCAGUGAA